AUGAAACUACUGAUUUUAUGUGUCGGUGUGUUCCUUGCUGUUCUUGUGGUUUUAUCGAACUAUCCGACGUCAGGUGCCGCUAUUCGAAACAGAGCAGGUGCUAGUACUAGAGGUGGAGAUGACCAUUCCAUGAUGGCCAGAAUUGUAGAUGACGCAGAUGAUGACGACGAUGAUGACGAUAACGUCAGUCAUAAGAUGAAUGUUGUUGAUGUCAAAGAUAAUGAUUACAACGACGACGAUGAUAAAAAUUACUCCAAACGUAAACAAAAUGUUAAUGACAACGACGAUUAUGACGAUAGCAAAGACGACGACAGACGUAAACGAAGUGUUGAUGAUGAUGAAGACGAUGAUGAUGAUGAUAAGAGAGAUGACGACAGACGUAAAAGAAGUGUUAGUGAUGAUGAUGAAGACGACGAUGAUGAUAAGAAAGAUGACGACAGACGUAAAAGAAGUGUUGAUGAUGACGAAGACGACGAUGAUGAUAAGAAAGAUGACGACAGACGUAAACGAAGUGUUGAUGAUGACGAAGACGACGACGAUGAUAAGAGAGAUGACGACAGACGUAAAAGAAGUGUUGAUGACGACGAAGUCGAAGAUGAUGAUAAGAAAGAUGACGACAGACGUAAAAGAAGUGUUGAUGAUGACGAAGAUGAUGAUGAUGAUGAUAAGAGAGAUGACGACAGACGUAAAAGAAGUGUUGAUGAUGACGAAGACGACGAUGAUGAUAAGAAAGAUGACGACAGACGUAAACGAAGUGUUGAUGAUGACGAAGACGACGACGAUGAUAAGAGAGAUGACGACAGACGUAAAAGAAGUGUUGAUGACGACGAAGUCGAAGAUGAUGAUAAGAAAGAUGACGACAGACGUAAAAGAAGUGUUGAUGAUGACGAAGAUGAUGAUGAUGAUGAUAAGAGAGAUGACGACAGACGUAAAAGAAGUGUUGAUGAUGACGAAGACGACGAUGAUGAUAAGAAAGAUGACGACAGACGUAAACGAAGUGUUAGUGAUGAAGACGACGAUGAUGAUAAGAAAGAUGACGACAGACGUAAAAGAAGUGUUGAUGAUGACGAAGACGACGAUGAUGAUAAGAAAGAUGACGACAGACGUAAAAUAAGUGUUGUUGAUGAUGAUGAAGAUGAUGAUGAUGAUAGGAAAGAUGACGACAGACGUAAACGAAGUGUUGAUAAUGAUGAUGACGACGAUGAUGAUGAUAAGAGAGAUGACGACAGACGUAAAAGAAGUGUUGAUGAUGACGAAGACGACGACAAUGAUAAGAGAGAUGACGACAGACGUAAACGAAGUGUUGAUGAUGACGAAGACGACGACAAUGAUAAGAGAGAUGACGACAGACGUAAAAGAAGUGUUGAUGAUGACGAAGACGACGAUGAUGAUAAGAAAGAUGACGACAGACGUAAAAGAAGUGUUGAUGACGACGAUGAUGAUGAUAAGAAAGAUGACGACAGACGUAAUCGAAGUGUUAGUGAUGAUGAUGAUGACGAAGACGAUGAUGAGAAGAAAGAUGACGACAGACGUAAACGAAGUGUUGAUAAUGAUGAUGACGACGAUGAUGAUGAUGAUAAGAGAGAUGACGACAGACGUAAAAGAAGUAUUGAUGAUGACGAAAACGACGAUGAUGAUAAGAAAGAUGACGACAGACGUAAACGAAGUGUUGAUGAUGGUGACGACGAAGUUGAUGAUAAGAGGGAUGACGACAGACGUAAAAGAAGUGUUGAUGAUGACGAAGACGACGAUGAUGAUAAGAAAGAUGACGACAGACGUAAACGAAGCGUUGAUGAUGAUGACGAAGAAGACGAUGAUAAGAAAGAUGACGACAGACGUAAACGAAGUGUUGGUGAUGAUGACGAAGACGACGAUGAUAAGAAAGAUGACGACAGGCGCAGACGAAGUGUUGAUGAUCAUGAUGACGACGAUGACGGUGAUGAUGAGAAAGACGACUCCAGACAAUUGCAGGAUAAAUCAAGUAAUUGGUUACUGUCUUAA